AUGGACAACGCCAACAUUCAAGAAUAUCUAGACAAGAUUCGUAACAAAGUUGUAGAAAACUUCAAGCGUACGACAUCUGCCCCUUUGUUCGGUUCACAAGACAGAUGUACCACAGCAUCCUAUCUUGAGUGGCAUGGAGGUGAGGCCGAUAGAUUUUUGGAUGACCUUGAUGAGAAUGAAAACAAAGACAUGCGGGCCACUCAACGGCGAUUGAAUAAACAUACUUGA